AUGACAAAUCAAAGGACAACUUGCUUUUAUCUUGUUGAAAAAAAAGCUCUCCCGAAGAAAUGACAUCUUCGAUCUCAGCCACCCACUUCAUCUUCUUCUUCCUCUUCAUAGCUUAUGCACAACAAGAUGAAUCCUUCUUCAUAAAAAAAUCCAUGGACAGAAAGCUUCUAGGCCUUGAAACAGAGCAGCUAAGCCAUUUAAGACUGUAUUGGCAUGACGUCCUGAGUGGUGAUAACCCAACUUCAAUGGAGAUCAUACCCCCAAUUUCAAACAAAUUUCAUUCAGGAUUCGGCUACAUUCGAAUGAUUGACAAUGCAUUGACCGAAGAACAAGAUCGAAGCUCGAAAUUAUUGGGAAGAGCUCAAGGAUUCUACGCAUCAGCUUCACAAGACAAAGUUGCAUUGCUAAUGGCUAUGAAUUUUGUGUUUACAAGUGGGAAAUACAAUGGAAGCUCCAUUUCCUUAUUUGGAAGGAAUCCAUGGAUGGAGAAUCUUAGAGAGUUGUCUGUGAUUGGAGGAAGUGGGUUGUUUAGGUUUGCGAGAGGCUAUGCUCAACUCCAUACAGUGGAGCUUGAUAUUGCCAAAGGGAAUGCUGUUGUUGAAUACAACAUUUAUCUGUUCCAUUAUGCCGAUUCUAUAUCAUCGUUUUAAGUUUGAUAAAUUUUUUAAGUAUUUGAAAAUAAUUCAAUUUUUUCAAUACUUAAAAAGUCGAUUCAAAGAUAUUUUUAGGAUCUAUUGUUUUGAUGUUUUUAAUUUGAGUUUAAUAAUGUUGAAGUUAUCUUGAAAUUGGCUGAUGAUUAACUUAAUUUCAUCUUACAAUUUGUGUAUUUUAUUAGUACAUAUGUUGUAAUAUGGAUGGAAUGAUCAAGUAUAAGAGCAAUUUGAGGGAAUGGAAAUAUAAAUUAUGCAAAAAGGGGUUGGAAUGGAAGUUUAUUUGAA